GGCACGCAAAAGGACACAACUCGACCUCCCGUGGUUGACCUCGAGCGCGAUGCCAUCGAAGCGACAGAGCAUUGAGGACACGGUCAAAGUUCCCGUCAAGAAGUUCAAGCGGGAUAGCAAAAUUCUUUACUCUGGAUGGGAAGUCCCGCAUGCCAACUACACAUUGGAUUCCGUGGACGUCAAAGACCUGACGCCUCAGGUGUUCUACGACACGUAUGUCAAGGCGCGCCGGCCUGUGCUGGUCAAGGGGUUCAUCCAAGAUCCAUCUUUCUCAGCGCCAUCCAAAUGGACCAACGAGUAUUUGACACGUCAAGCAGGAAAUCAAAAGGUGAUGGUCGAAGAGCGCACCAGUACCGCGGAAUCUUACGGGAAGGGCAACGAGGUCCCGAUGACGUUUGCCAAAUUCAUCAGUCUAUUGGAAGCUCAAGACCCUCUGCACUACCUCACGACGCAAGACGUGGAGGCAGACCCCGAGACCGACCGGCCACAGCUGAUGGCGCCAUUUGUCCAAGCCUUGUCUGGUGACUUUCCCAUCACGCCUGCGCUCAUGGGUAACUUGAUCCCCCAGAACAUCAACAUUUGGAUGGGCCUGUCCACGGACGGAUCGACUUCUGGUCUUCACCACGAUUACCAUGACAACCUGUACAUUCUCCUCCGUGGGAAGAAGCGGUUCCGUCUGUACAGUCCUGGUGACGUCGAGGCCAUGUAUACCCGGGGAACUCUCCUUAAGGUGCACCCGAACGGCCGCAUCAACUACGUAGGCGAGGAAACGACAGCGUACGGCGCAGACCUGCAGUCGGACCAGGCGGCGUCGGCGUAUUCGGAACAACGGCUGGCCGAAAUAGAGCUGGAGGCUGCCGAACGAGAUCUGGCCAACAAGGUCCCAGGGGCGGCCGCCCGCGUUGCCAUGGCGGAAGAGCGGCUGGAACAAGCCAUGGAAGCCACAAUGGAAGUCGAGUUUGAGGAUGACGACGAGGACGACUUUGGUGACGAUGGAGAUGAUGGAGAGGACGACAGCAGCAACGACGAAAUGCCGUCCGACGUCGACAACGAUUCCGCCCGAGUCGUGGACAAGACGGUCAAAGACCCCGUGAGCUUUAGCCGCAUUCAAACCAACCGACCCAAGGACGAGCUCAAGGCAGAGUUCCCACGGUUCCUACAAGCCCACGCCGCGUUCUGCGAUGUCAACGUCGGUGAAAUGCUGUACUUGCCGGCGUCGUGGUUUCAUGAAGUCACGUCGUGUAAUGGGCCGACCAACAACGGCCACUUGGCCCUCAACUACUGGUAUCACCCCCCCGACGCCGCCGACAACUUUGCCAAGCCGUACACAAGCGACUUCUGGACCAACGAUUAUGCAGCCCGCUCCCGUGCUCUGUAGUCCACAACGGCGGUUCGAAAUUGAACCCAGUACCACCAACGCGACAGUCCUCUGUGUUUUGCUGAGAUUCUUGGAGCCAGCUGCCGUCCCUCGUGACAGCUAACGUUAGCAUGACAAGGACAGGUACCUCGUGGCUUGAACUUAUGUGGCAUGCGUUGCCCAUGUAAUGUGCGAAAA